AGAUCGGCCGAAUUGCAACCUUCGUUCGCUUUGCUGUCGUGGUGGUUUGUUAUUGGGGCGGAAAAACAUAUUCCAAACGAGAUUAUAAAUAGGCACGAUGUGUGUCGUCGCCGUCGUCGUCGGGAGGAUGCAAUUAAUAGUGCAGGUGACGCAGCGGUGCUGAGGUUCUCCAGAACCCGAUCUCGUAGUGCCCCCGAAAUUCACAAACUAGGUCGACAUUUCGGGCAGAGAUAGAGAGAGCUGCAAAUCAAGCGGACCACGGGCCCAAAGCGGAGUCAACAAAGAGGCGGCGAAGAGAAGCGUAAACGUCGCAAUCGAAAUCGAAGCCAACGUUGUUUCAACAGCACACGUUCAAAGUGAAGGUCAACGUCACAGCGACUCGAGCGGCAAGUCUGGCGGCCGAAACCGAAAGACAAAGCGAUCCAGCGUCUCCAUCGGUAGUCGUAGCAUCCAGAUAGCCAGCACCAUGACCACCAAAACCACCGCAUCCUUUGCUCCUGGCCAGCGGCUGAUGCUCACCUUCCUGGUGGCCCUCUGCAUCCUGGUGGCAUGCGUCCUCAGCACCGAAACCAACAUGCCCACGCAAAACAUGUCCAAUAAGGAGCGGGCGGAACUCAGGGAAGAGGCACGCGAUAUGUUCUAUCAUGCAUAUCACGCCUACAUGGAGAACGCCUAUCCAGCCGACGAGCUGAUGCCGCUCUCCUGCAAAGGACGCUAUCGCGGAGUGACGCCCUCGCGUGGCGACAUGGAUGACAUCCUCGGAAAUUUCUCCAUGACUCUGGUGGACACUCUGGACACCCUGGUGCUGCUGGGAGAUUUCACCGAGUUUGAGCACGCCGUCAAGCUUGUCAUUCGCGACGUUCAGUUCGACAGCGACAUAAUUGUGUCGGUGUUCGAGACGAACAUUCGAAUGGUCGGUGGCCUGCUGUCCGCCCACAUUCUGGCGGAGUAUCUGCAGAAGCACGCAGACACGAUGCACUGGUACAAGGGCGAGCUGCUGGAAAUGUCCCGUGAGCUGGGCUACCGCCUGUUGCCGGCCUUCAACACCUCCACGGGCAUUCCGCAUGCACGAGUUAAUCUCCGCCUGGGCAUGAAGGAUCCAAUGCUGAAAAAGUCCCGGGAGACUUGCACCGCGUGUGCAGGAACGAUUCUACUGGAAUUCGCGGCGCUGUCACGGCUAACCGGCGAUCCGAUCUUCGAGGUGCGAGCCCACGCGGCCAUGGAUGCGUUGUGGAAGCUCCGACAUCGUGGCUCUGAUCUUAUGGGCACAGUGCUAAAUGUCCAUUCCGGCGACUGGGUGCGUCGGGAUUCGGGAGUCGGCGCGGGCAUCGACAGCUACUACGAGUAUUUGUUUAAAUCGUAUGUUUUGCUGGGCGACGACAAGUACCUGGCCCGGUUCAAUCGCCACUACAAUGCCGUGAUGAAGUACGUCAGCGAGGGCCCCAUGCUAUUGGAUGUGCUUAUGCACAGGCCGCAUGCCAAGUCCAAGAACUUCAUGGACUCGCUGCUGGCUUUCUGGCCGGGUCUACAAGUGCUUUCCGGCGACCUCAAACCGGCUGUACAGACGCACGAGAUGCUCUAUCAGGUUAUGCAAAUGCACACCUUUAUUCCAGAGGCUUUUACCGUAGACUUCCAAAUCCAUUGGGGUCAGCAUCCCCUGCGGCCGGAAUUCAUUGAGUCCACAUACUUCCUGUACCGCGCCACUGGCGACCAUCACUAUCUCCAGGUUGGCAAGCGGGCUUUGAAGACCCUCCAGCAGCACGCCAAGGUCUCCUGCGGCUAUGCGGCCGUCAAUGAUGUGCGGACGGGCAAGCACGAGGAUCGAAUGGACUCGUUCGUGCUCUCCGAGACCAUCAAGUACCUCUUCCUCUUGUUCUCCGAUCCCCAGGAUCUGAUCAUCAAUGUCGAUGAGUUUGUCUUCACGACCGAAGCUCAUCUGCUGCCACUGUCUAUUGCGCAACUAGGGAAUGCCACGUUUAGCUUUCGGCAGUCGGACGAACACAACGUACUCGACUUCAUGCGCACCUGCCCCAGUUCAAAUAAGCUUUUUCCUGAGAAAGUACGCAAACCACUGCGCAACUUCAUUACGGGCUCGUGCCCUCGAACGACAGCGGGAAAGCGACUCAGCGCUCUGGACUUUCAGGCAAGCAAUGCAGAUCAUCUUCGAGCUGUUUACGACAUGGGCAUUACCAUGGUUUCGGUAGGCGACCGCAGCCAAGGCAAGGUGCGACUGUUUCAUAGUUUCUAUAAUGCCAAGAGCCACGAGGAGGGCGAAAUGGGACUGCAGUUUAUGCAGGAGAUGCUCGAGCUGACCAAGAUGCAAAGCAUUAAUCAGCUGGCGCAACUGCAGGCCGUGGCCUAUGCCACCGAUGAGAAGGCCCAGGAUUGGGUCGCCCUGAUGGCCGGGCCAUCGCACUUUAGCCCGGAAUUGAUUGGCGAUCAGUUUGUCGAGGGAGACGUGAUGCUGGCCCAGCCGCUUCGGGCCUGCGAUGAGAACCUAGAGAAUGCGGCCGAGGCGAAGGGAAAGAUCCUGGUGGCCGAACGCGGCGAUUGCACGUUCGUGAGCAAAGCGCGACUGGCCCAGAAAGUGGGAGCGGUGGCGCUGAUUGUCUGUGAUAAUGUACCCGGUUCUUCCGGCGAGACGCAGCCGAUGUUCGCAAUGUCCGGCGACGGCAAGGACGAUGUGCUCAUUCCGGUCGUCUUCAUGUACAGCGUGGAGUUCGGCAAGCUGACGGCGGUGAUGCAGCGACGGAAGCAACAGCCGCUGGGCGUUCGCGUCAUGCAGAUGGUGGAGUUCAAGCGGUGGCAACUGGCCAAGGCGCAGCGGCAAAAUCAAACCGUCGCGGCCACACAGAAGCCGGACAAAGAGUUGUAGUGGACUGUAGCUGCUGCUCCUGGAGCGCCCUCAGCGUUAACUAUUGUUUUGGGGCUACUUACCGCCUUGAAAUGGUUCUCGCCAAAAUAGAGAUAUAUAUAUAUAUUUUCUAUAUUCGUAACUUGUACAGUAUGCGAUCGUAACUAAAUUUGAAAUUCUUGUACUUUACUAGACAUGUAAGCUCGAUUUAGCUCGAUAAUGCCGCAAGUUUUUAGGGAUCUUUGCAUUUCGUGGUUGGUUCUCAGGCUAGCAAUUGGCUUCCUAGCGGCAAUUCGAUUACCGAAAAGCAUUCGCGUUCAUUCUAAUUGUACAUUUGGUCCACCUCACCGUUUUUUAGAUGGAUUUUUUACUUUCUCGUGUAAGUAAAACUUGUGUAAAUAUAAAAAACUAGAACUUAGAAACUAAUGAAGAACUAAUUAAUGAUUAGUUUUAAGUCAAAUUAGUUGGUAAUGUAGCACGUCGGGAAUGAUUGACAACAGAGUAGAUGAAAUUGUUUAGUUCUUAUACAACAAAAAAAUAGUUUAAAAUAUACGACAUAUAAUGAAAGAAACCAAA